UGAAAUUAGCUCAAGCUACAGGAGCUCUAGGCGGGGCCUUUUAUACGACUAUAAGCAUAUGCUUAGCCAAUAGGAGAUGCCUUUUGAAAAACUUGAAUGACAAGGAAGGAAAGGUGCGGCACCCGGUGAAUUCUCUAAUCACUUCAACAUGGCAAGCAGCGAUAAGGAGAUCUCCUACAGUGAUCUCAAAUCUCUCUUGGAGAAGGGCUCAGUGUUUCUGGUGGAUGUGCGCUCAAAAGCUGAGGUAGACAACGGGCGUAUCCCAGGCUCCAUCCACAUCCCAGUGGAAAAUGUAGAAAGUGAAAUGUCCCUGGACGCAGCUGAUUUCCAGUCUAAGUUUGGCGUAAGUAAGCCAUCUCUGGACUGCUCUGAACUGGUUUUCCACUGUCAGAUGGGAAGACGUGGAGCUGCUGCCACAGAGAAAGCCAGAGGCCUGGGGUUCAAGAAUGCCCGUAAUUAUGCUGGGGGCUACAAGGAGUGGUCAGAAAAAGGGGGCAAAUGACAAUCCUCAAUGCUUUCAAGAUUCCAGCUUAAAAACCAGAGAUCAGGGACCAUUUUUACUCUCACUGUGAACGUAUCAAUCAUAAAAUCGAAAUAUUUGUAUAUGUUUUAAUAAAGUCUGAUAACUAAAAUAAA